AUGUUAGACGUAUUCCUCCCAGUCCUCCUCAGUCGCCGUAACCGUAAUAACGAGCAACUCAUUCUUGGAAGAUAUGAUGAAGAUGUCAUUCUCCCUUGCCUGUUCACGAGUGGGUCUCAAGUUGUAAUUCACUGGAUAAGUCAAGGAAACUAUGUUCACAGUUACUACAGUGACAAGGACCAAUUGGAAAAACAGUAUUUUAGAUAUGCACACAGGACAUCCCUCGUUCAUAGUGAAAUUAACAAUGGGAAUGCCUCUUUAACUGUCAGAAGAUUGAGUCUUCAGGAUGAAGGAAUUUAUAUCUGCUACGUGGGAACAACAAGUACAAGUACUGAAAACACAGUGGUGCUAAAAGUGGGAGCUUUUCACACACCUUUAAUAAAAUAUGAAGAGAGGAACACAGAGAGCUUUCUGGUAUGCAGUAUCCCGAGUGUUUACCCUUGUCCACAUAUCACAUGGAAAAUGGACAAUACAAAUGUCUCUGAAAGCAGUUCACAAGUAACCGGAGCUCCGGGUCCUUUUAAUAUUAGUAGUACACUGAAUAUUACAGGAUCAAAUUCUUCUUUUGAGUGUACUAUUGAAAAUUCACUUCUCAAUAAAACAUGGAGAGGAGAGUGGACAUUGGCAGGUAGUCAUUGGAAAAAUGAACGUGACUCUAUUUCGCUCUGGUGUAAAACCAACCACAAGUUUUUUCUACUAAAUCAAGACUUCCAAGUUUCUUGGUCCAAAGUCAUAAAUGGGGCAUCCUUUGUCUUGGAUUGGCACCCGAACUCUUCACAGGACACAGCUACUAAUGACCCUCAGUUCUCAGGGAAUAAAGAGCUGAGAUAUCAUAGUGACUUCUCCUUAAUAUUGAAAGAUCUUCGUGCUUCAGACAGUGGGGAAUACUUAUGUAAUGUUUCUUCUACUGAGUACACAUUACUCACCAUCCACAGGCUGAAUGUAGAAAUGCGCCCUGUCUCUAUUGAUGAGAGUGUUAUGAAUGGUGAUAACUCCAAUGAAUAUGACAUGCAACAUUGUGGGGACCAACAGAUACUUUUGCCAAGGGAUGCUCUGCAAAAACGGCCCAACCCAGAUGCUAAUACCUUAAUACUGGACGUCCAAGCUUGA